AUGUCUUCCGAAAGACCCUUACACGUUGUCAUACGCAUUCCUUACAAAAGACCUCCAGGAUUUGUUGAACCACCUACUGUUGUUUGGACGGACGAAAUGGAACAAAAGCUAUGGGAGAUUCUCACGAUAAAUAAACGGCAAAACAUUGAUUGGAAUGCAGCUUCGAAAUUAUUGAAUGUUCCAGUGCCAUAUCUUUUGCGCUAUGCGGCUUUUUUAUAUGAGACACAACUUCGCGAUGUUCAAAUGCAGUUACGUUUGGGUGAAGCAUUGAGCGCCAGUAAUAUCAGCACAUUCAGUAGUCGUAACAGGGCAUCAAGCUUGGGCGCCGGAAGUCAAAGGCCAGCUUCUGUACUAUCAAAUGCGAGUCGAGAACAAUAUGUAACGUCUCGUGGUGCCAAUGCAGGUUCACAGGAGAUGGUACGGACAGGUAGUAAUAACAGCUUGUCAGAUGGUCGGAAACCUACAAAUGGAUCAACCUCAUCUAUCGCUGCUCAACCUGUCAAUGAAGUUGGAUCAUCGUAUCAAUCGAAAAAUCCAUUACCUCCACCUGAGGUGAGAACACCUCAGGCUUAUGUCGCGCCGUCUCCUCCCCCCUUUGGAUCACCGAGUUCUUCCAGAAGACUAAUGUCUACUUCUUCGUCAGUAUCAACGAUAACCACCACUGUUGAUCCGGUUUCAAGACAACCAAUUCAGGUGACGCCUAAACAAGAGACUUUCCCAACCACUAAUCUGUCAACUAUAGAGUCUCAAACAACAAAUUCAUAUGCGACUCCGGCUGCAUCACUAUCGUUGCCAUUAUCCAAAACUUUGUCGAAUUCACUGUCGCCACUUGACGCUCACGAACUUUCAAAGAAUGUCAUAGAACAUAGUAAUUAUCUUGAUUCUUUGGAUGAAGAUUAUGAUAGUAUGAGACAAAGUAAUGAGGAUUCAUUAAGUGAACAAUUAGCAAGAUUACAAGUGGAUGAUGUUGCUGCUUUCUUACCUUUCAAACCGCGACCUGAUGGAAAUAAAUUAGAUUCCGAAACCAUCAAUCCUGCAGGCGCUGUCAAUUCUCUAAAUUCUGUUAAAUCGAGACUUCAACCAACAAGCAAGCAAACACUCGAUCAUUCUUCCUCUUGCAGUGAUGAAGAUUUAGAUUUAACACAGUCAGAAUUGGAGGUUGCAUACUUGGAAGAUACAUCAACAUCACUGUCUACUCCGGUCGAUCACAGUGAAACCACAACAUCUUACUCGGAGUAA